AUGUCGACCCUUGGUCAUGAAGUAACUUUUUCGUUCAGAAAAUGUGAUACACGCAACUGCCCAAGAUCAGGGAUGCACAAGAAUGUACGCGGUACUCUUUCACAGAGAUUGAUGCGUGGACCCAUCCGUUCGAUCUGGAACACACAAAACAAAAAAAAAACAAAAGUGGGAAAGCCUUUCCCGAAAGCUUGA